CCCGUUUCCAUUACUUUAGCUUUCAGUUUUGAUGGCUGAAGCUCCGCUUGCUCUGGAGGCUGGGAGGGCUCUGCUGGAUAAGGCCGUGUCGAAGUCUCUGCAGAGGCCAUGACAGCUUGUGCCGGGCUCUGCUUCUUGUUGCUGCCUAGAAACCACGGACCUGUUGGAGAUGUGGGAACCGGAGCCUGGUAUUGGGGGGAGCAGAGCUUAGAGCUGUGAGCAUGAACACCUUGGAUCAUGGCUGGACUCUGAGAGGAAGAUUUGGGGUCUGCCGUGUCCCUUAAGGCCUCGAGCUGUCCCCCAUGAAGUCACACAGCCUUUCAAAUUUUGGAGCAAAGAGAAGCAGCUCUGAGGACAUGGGAAUUUGCUGCCAACAUGCUCUGCUCUUCCAGUUUACCUGCCUGCUUGUCCUUGAAGAGCUGUUCGCCCCGGUGUCCACAAAGGAGUUCGCGGUGUUUGGCCCCUCGCACCCGGUUGUGGCAGAACUCGGUGGGGAAGCCGUACUUCCGUGCUCCGUGUCUCCAGCCGUGAGCCUGGAGAGCAUGGAGGAACUCAGGUGGUACCGCACCAGAUUCUCAGAAGCGGUCUUUGUCUAUCGGAACCAACAAGAGCAGGAGGGAGAGCAGCUGGCUGAGUUUUCAGGGCGGACCUCCCUGGUGAAGGACCAGUUCGUCGAAGGCAGGGCUGCCGUGCGCAUCCACAAGGUCUGGACACCGGACAGUGGAGCAUACAUCUGCCUCUUCAAACAGGGGGUCUUCUAUGCAGAGGCCAUCUUGGAGCUGAAGGUGGCAGUCAUGGGCUCUGUCCCUGAAGUGUACAUCAAAGGUUCGGAAGAUGGUGGCGUGUGUGUGGUGUGCAGGGCUUCAGGGUGGUACCCAAAGCCCCAGGUGCAGUGGAGAGACUCCAGAGGGGAGACGCUCCCAGCAUCCCCUGAGACCCACAGUGAAGGUGCUGAGGGACUGUUCACCGUGGAGACCUCGAUGGUGGUGAGAAACAGCUCUUUGGGGAAUGUGACCUGCUCUGCCUCCAAUCCCACCUUGGGUCAGGAGAAGGCCAUGGCCAUAGUCAUCCCAGAGCCCUUCUUCCCUCAGACUUCUCCCUGGGUGCCAGCUUUUGCUAUCACCAUGACCGUGACGGGACUUCUAGUCUUAGGGUCAGGCUGUCUUCUCAUAAGAGAACAGUGUUCAAGGCGGCAGUUGCGGCAGGAGAGGGAGCGUCUGCAGUCUGAGAAGGAGACAAAGGAAGAUGUCCUGAAGACCAUUUGCAUACUCGAUCGGGAGCUCGAUCGGAGGAAGGCAGCUUACAUGGCUGCCUGGAGGAAGGCCCAGCUGUAUGCAGAUUGGCGCAAGGAGCACUUCCAGGCCUGGCCUGUCACUCUGGAUCCAGACUCUGCCCACCCAAUCCUUGCCAUCUCUCAGGACAGAAUGCAGGUGACCCUGACGGACAACACUAUGUGCCUGGAUGACCACUUCAGUGUGUUAGGCAUGGAAGGCAUCUCCUCAGGAAGAUGUUACUGGAAGGUGAAGAUAAAGAAUGGAGACUGCAGCAAGUGGAUUCUUGGGGUUUGUCGGGGAGAUGUGGAGAGGAAAGGCUUGUACUUUGAGAGUCCAGAGAAGGGGUUCUGGACUGUGGGACGCUCUAGUAGUGGCUAUUGGGCCUAUAUUGACACUGGGAGAACUUUAUUAUCCUUUAGGAAAACUCCCCAGUGUGUGGGGGUGUUUGUGGACUACAGUGAAGGUGACAUUUCCUUCUAUAACAUGAGUGACUUGUCCCACAUUUUCUCCUUCCACAAAGCCUCCUUCUCUGGGACUCUUCUCCCAUACUUCAGGAUUAAGUCUGGAAGUGUUUGGAUGUCUCUCUGCUCCAUUGCACAGGCUUGUGAUGGAGAAGAGGGAGGGGAGGAGCAGGAGGAAAGAGAGGAGUUGGGAGAGGGGGAAGAAUGGGAAGAAGUCGAUUUUGUCUCCUUUGAAGCAGUCUCUGAGUCCCCCAGGGGAGAUGCUCACCCCAGGCUCCAUUGGUACUGACUGUCCCCCAGGGGAAGAAUCCCCAUUCCUCCCUCAUCCAGGUCACAUUUUGCCUUCAUAGUGCAGAUCACUGCCUCUAGGCUGUCAGUGUGACUCUUGUUGGACUGUAGAAGCCACAGGCAAAGCCCCCAGGAUGAGUCCUGCAAGGGCCUGGAGCAUUGACCCAAUGCUCUCAGGUCUGACUCUGAGGUGUGGCUGUGGAGCUGGGGGUCCAAGCUUCGCGUUCAGGCAGCAGAGGAUGAGCCCCGCCCGAUUAUUGCUUCAGCUGGUUUGAACAACGGGAAGGCGUGUUCCAUUAUGCCCCCUUUGGUGUAAAUGGCAUUUUCUUGGGUUUUCACACCAUUUGGUAGGAAAUGGAGCAAGGACUGAAUGGACUUUGUUUUCAUUCAUUCACCUGGUUGGGCACCUAGGGUCUGCCCUGUAUGUUGGCCCUUGUGACCAGUGUGCCGUGACUAUGGGAGAGAAGAUGACUUUGACACAUGAACUGCUGUCCCCUGGAUUUGUUCCCAGAAGUCUCAUUGGUAGAUCAUAACUUCCAGUGGCCGUCUCUGUGGACAAUAAACUGUCUUUGAGUGUC